UAGCGGUUUUUCCAUUAGUAGUUUUACUCGUAGACACCGGAAAAAUGUCCUCCUGGGAGGAAAUUCACGCCCUCAAGGCAAAACGGAACACCCUGCGCGAGCGGUUGGAGAAACGGAAGAAGGAACGCCAGGAUCUGCUCGGCGGAAGUAGCCCCGGCCCGAGUGUGGUGGGUAUGAUCAAAACCGAGGCCGGCGUCACCGGAGUCGACGACAAGAGCAAGAUUCUGCUCACGGCCAUCAAGAUGGAACAAGACAUCGAUUCCGAAGUGGAGAGGACGUUGGUAAAAGUGCUGGCGGAUCGCAGUUUGAUUCUUCCCACCAACUCGUCCCAGAUAGCGCAGCGGGUGGAGAAGCUGAUUCAAAAGUUCACCCCGAACGAAUCGAUUCUGUGCUGUUUACAGAAGCUGUCCGGGCAGAACCUGGUCAAUAUUAAGGAAGUGAGCAUCGGUGGUACGGUCGGAUACGAGAUCACUUCCGCCGAGUAUGGCAACCUGCAGUCGCUGUACGAUAAUUUGCUUCUCAAUCAAAGCGAACGGGAAGCAACCAAGCGGAAAGCGAUCAAGGAGGAGAUGGAUUCCGACGCGAAGAUGGCCCGUUUGGGUUCGAGUUCGGUGAAGGAGGAAUUGUCGAAAAAACCUGGGGAAUCCAGCUCGCUGAGCAGUACAUCGGACAUUAUGUCGUUGCUGUCGCUGCCCUCGACGAGGGAGAAGCAAAGCAAGCAGGUCGGGGAGGAGAUUCUAGAACUGCUGACAAAACCAACGGCCAAGGAGCGUUCGUUGGCGGAAAAGUUCAAAUCGCAAGGUGGAGCGCAAGUGAUGGAAUUCUGCCCCCACGGAACCAGGAUCGAAUGUUUGCGCUCGCUGGAGGCUGCGAACGAUGCUUUGCUCAAAAGCGAAGACGACGAUGACGUUAUCAUCAGUGACGAUAAUAAUGGGUUUGAGAUUGUCGAGAUUAAAAAGGAGCAGGACGACGAGAAGGGCAAGUUCCAGUGCAACAAGUUACACUUCAAAAAGAUUAUUCAAUCGCAUACGGAUGAGUCGUUGGGAGAUUGCAGUUUUCUGAAUACGUGCUUCCACAUGGACACGUGUAAGUACGUGCACUAUGAAGUGGAUACGUACGUUGGUCAGAAUACCGGUUCAAAGUUCGAAGGGGAAGGUUCGUUGGCUUCCAAGCGAACAAUUGACCCCUGUGCGACGUUGUAUCCGCCUCAGUGGAUCCAAUGUGACCUGCGUUACUUGGACAUGACCGUACUGGGAAAGUUUGCCGUGGUGAUGGCCGAUCCGCCUUGGGAUAUUCACAUGGAACUUCCUUACGGAACGAUGUCCGACGACGAGAUGAGACAGUUGGGGGUUCCGGCGUUGCAGGAUGAUGGCUUGAUAUUUCUUUGGGUCACCGGCCGUGCGAUGGAACUGGGUAGGGAGUGUCUCAAGCUGUGGGGCUACGAACGUGUAGACGAGCUGAUCUGGGUGAAAACCAAUCAACUGCAGCGAAUAAUUCGCACCGGUCGGACCGGCCACUGGUUGAAUCAUGGCAAAGAGCACUGCCUGGUUGGCAUGAAGGGCAAUCCGCCAAACUUGAACCGUGGGCUGGAUUGCGAUGUGAUCGUUGCCGAAGUGCGCGCGACCAGCCACAAGCCGGAUGAAAUUUAUGGGAUCAUCGAGCGCCUGAGCCCCGGUACGAGGAAGAUCGAACUGUUCGGCAGACCGCACAAUGUGCAGCCCAAUUGGAUAACACUCGGUAACCAGCUGGACGGGAUUCGCCUUGUGGAUCCAGAAUUGAUUAGUUCGUUUCAGAAACGCUACCCCGAUGGGAACUGUAUGACGCCCGGAAAGAAUCCCUAAUUGUACGUAUUGGUGAUUUACUACAGAUUGUCUUAAUAAAAGUAUUUGAUAACCC